CCCAGCGUCCCAUCUAAGCUCCGCCUCCACCACUACCACCACCAUCACCACCGCGAUGCCUCACAUGACCAGCCGCCAGUGUUAUCUUGGCUGUCGUGGAGUGAGGGUGUGCGCGUCUCUUCCGCGGGAGUCCUCCUGUUAAGGUCCCCGCCGUGCGUGUCUAAAACACAAGAAAACUGAUUAGCGGGUUGGCAGGUGUCGGGAAGCUGAGAGAGAGAGAGAGAGAAAAGAAAAAAAGGAAGAAAAACACACAAAAAAGAAGGAAAAGAGAAAACACGGAGGAAGAAGAGGUGAAGGUUGAGGAAAACAUCACCAGAUUCUCCUCUUUCAGCGCUGAACAACAGUGAAUUUUAAGAGUGCCGGUGAAAAAAAAAGAAAGAAAAAAAGAUAGUGUUUAAUUGUCUGUACAUGCUAACCAGAAAUUAAAGAGAUAAGAAAAAUAUAUGUAAACCACUUGAACUAGAAAAAAAAAUAGUGAUCAGUGUCAAACCAGAAAAAAAUUUAAGUCCCUGACGAAGGCGAUGACGGAGGAACAGUAAACACCUAGGUACACCAAACCUCCCAUGCAUGAUACUAACCCGAACCCAGGCAGUCCCUUCCUCCCACGGUGACACACACGCCCUUGGAAGAUGCCCUGAGUAAGCGAGGAAUCCCCCUUCGUCAGCAGUAUGAGGGCGGGGUCUGUUUGGCCUCACACCUGCCUUAAUUGGCCCCACGACCCACUCAGAGCUCGGGACAUGCUCACGUGAAGGAAUCCCAUCAUGGCCUCGCCCGGGCGUAAGCUGGCGGCCGGUAAAGAAACGCUGCACAAGAGCAACAGUGACCCCGUGCGCCGUAUCCAUCGCCAGUACGCCAAGAACAGAGGAGGUGGCACGCCCGUCUCCAGGUGCUUCCUCAACCUCGAUGGGUAUUCGUAUGUUAUAGUCGCCAGCCCCCCGGAGAAGAAGAAGGACUCAGUGGAGGAAUCGAGCGCUCCACCGCCUCCCUCCAGCAAGAAUGGCCAGCUCUCUAAACAAGGCUCCCUCACCAUCCUCCGGCGCUCCAGCAGCAGGACUCUGAGUGGCCGUGGCCCACGGAACUCCUCCCAGAGCGAUGUGGACGCAGCAGACGCCGUGGACCUGCUGCAGGAUGCCCUCCCCGCAGUGGACACGCCGGAAUCCUGCGAGAAGGCCGCGCUCAGGUUACGUGCCCUGCUGCGCCACCUGCAGGAGGGCGAGGUGGCGGUGGGGGUGUUACAGAAGAACCUGCAGUACGCCGCUGAUGUGCUUGACUCAAUAUAUGUGGAGGAAACGAAGCGCCAUGUGGGAGACGAGGAGGACGAGCUGUCUGAGGUGGAGCCCGACGCGGUACCCCAGGAGGUGAGGGAGUGGCUGGCCUCCACUUUCACGCGCCAACUCAACACCUCGCGCAGAAAGACGGACGAGAAGCCAAGGUUUAGGUCCGUGGCCAAUGCAAUCCGCGCGGGUAUCUUCGUGGAGCGGAUCUACAGACGCCUCUCCUCGGCCACCUUCCUGCAGCUUCCCCCGGAGGUCACCCGCAUCCUGAAGAGUGUGGACGAGUGGAACUUUGACGUGUGGCGGUUACAGGAGGCCAGCGCCAACACUCCCCUCAGGUGCCUCGCCUAUGAGCUCCUCAAUCGCUACGGCCUGCUGCACAAGUUCAAGAUGCCGCCAGCCACACUGGAGACCUUCCUGACGCAGGUGGAGAACGGCUACUGCAAGUACAAGAAUCCGUACCACAACAACGUGCAUGCGGCUGACGUGCUUCAGACCAUGCACUACAUGCUCUCCCAGACUGGCCUCAUGAACUGGCUGAAUGAUGUGGAGAUCCUUGCCACCCUGGUCGCGGCACUCAUCCACGACUUUGAGCACACUGGCACCACCAACAACUUCCACGUCAUGUCAGGCUCUGAGACAGCCAUCCUGUACAAUGACCGCGCCGUGCUGGAGAACCACCACAUCUGUGCUGCCUUCAGGCUGUUGCGCGCCGAGGAACACAAUGUCCUGGUGAACCUGUCUCGGGAGGAGUACAGGGAGUUCCGAGGUCUGGUAAUUGAGAUGGUGCUGGCCACGGACAUGUCCUCCCACUUCCAGCAGAUCAAGGCCAUGAAGGCAAUGCUGGCCCUGCAGGACACCAGCCUGGACAAAUCCAAGGCCCUGUCCCUCGUCCUUCACUGUUGUGAUAUCUCUCACCCGAGCAAAAACUGGGUGCUGCAUGAGCGCUGGACCACUCAGCUGCUGGAGGAGUUCUUCCGGCAGGGCGACAAGGAGAGGGAGCUUGGCCUGCCCUACUCCCCCCUGUGUGACCGCAACAACACCCUGGUGGCCGAGAGUCAGAUUGGUUUCAUUGACUUCAUCGUUGACCCGAGUCUGGGUGUGUGUGGUGACCUACUGGAUAAGGUGGCAGCUCUGUCUGUGCCACCAUCCACGCCAACCAUUGCUGAGGAGCCCCACAAUGAGCCAGGCGGUCCCAUCAAGCGGCCAGUGCGCCCUGGGGGAGUGGUGGGCGUUGAGGUGCGGCGGCCCUGGCAGGACUGUCUGGCCGCCAACAAGGCCCGCUGGAAGGAACGAGCCAUGAAAGAUGCUGAGAUCCGUGCCGAGAUGGCCCUCAGGAAUGAAAAGGUGAAUGGCGAAUCGGGGGAGGGGGAGGGGGAUGGCCCUGAGGACACCAUUGAGGAAGAGGAGGGGGAGGGGGCAAAGGGGGAGGCAAGUAAUGAGGAGAAUGGUGAGUAAAUGUCUGAAGGCUUGACCUGAAGUCUCUGAAAAUACAAACUUUAUAAUUAUACCGCAGUGUUUGUCAUCUUUUCUUUGUCUCAGCUUUGUACGGAUUCCAAGUGAUUGUUUGUUAUUCUGUUUGUUUUGAGAGGUGUCUAGUAUUAAGGUAAUUGCUCCCCAGAGUAUUACAGAGACACUUUGUAGAUUUUGGUGUUCAUUUGCAGCUUGUAGUAGAGAUCUCAUGAGACAAAGUGUGACAGUGAAUCACAAAAAAACAAAAAAAAAAACAAGAAAAUAAAUAACAAAAGAUAAAAAUCAUAGCCAGUUUGAAUCGCAAGACUACUAACUCAUUAUGUCAACAUUCUCACAUUGUGAUCUGAAUAAAGAAAACUUGACUGUGAUGGAAAUUUUUCAAGAGUAAUUUUCAAAGGCUUCAUAUCUCACACUCCUUCAUAUAGCUAUUGUUCAGUGAUCUUCGGCUAUAGGUCUUACAAUAGAUGCCAUUUAUCGUAGCAGGCGCAAACAUUUCUAUCAACUCUUUACUGUGAAGGCAGCACAAUCUGUUAUCACUAGAAGUAGAAGAUGUAGAUGUGCACUUAUCUCUCGUCAGUCUCUUGUUUGUACACUUUGCAUUAAGUGACCUACCACAAGUGAGGGUCAGCCAGGGUCAUGGUAGGGUCAGGGGCCACACCUGCCUCUCCGGGUACAAAUUUACUUUUCCUCGCAAAAUUCACUUGUGCAGAUUGGUGCUGGAAGUGUUGCUUGUGACUCCAAACCCUGAGGAAUUAUUGUUGAUUUCAGUCACUUCUGUAUUGACUGUGCCAGGAAAAUAAGUCUGUUAGCCCUUUCACUGCUAUAUGACUCAUGGUUCUCAAUUUUCUUCCUCACAAACAUUCUGCUGGGUAGAUAUUGGAGAACUUAUUCUUUUAAUCCUUUUCUGUCUUGUGGAUGCUUGUGAAGAUUUUGUACCGUGCUUUUAGUGCAGUAAAUUGUUGAUGUUGCAGUGGAAGGGUUAAACAAAGUGGUAAUGAUUUGAAAGGUGAAAAGUACAGAUUAGAGGCAAUGUAUGUAUUACUGAUACUUUGCUAAAUUGUGAUACUCUUUUUUCAUGUGUUCAGGCACAUUAGAAACUUAAUUAUCAUAGCCAACAACUGUGUAGGAUGAUAUGAAAGUCAAGCAAGUGUUAGGCUCAAAUUGUUGUUUAUCCUCCUGGAAGACAUCACACUACCCAUUCAGUUUGUAGUUAUCUGAUACAGAGAAACACUGGAAAAGUACUGACUAACUCACUGUAUGGAAACUGAAUGGCUAGUGAAGUGUCCUUUAGGUUCAACACUCGUUUGAACCAACACUUGUCUGACGUACUAUAAUGAUGUACAGUGAAAUAUUAUAUGCAUUAUCAGGCUGAACAUCAUACUCAUUGUGUUUGUGCUGAAUCAUCUGUGCAUUCUGUAAUACACUAAAAAUUAGGCUCUUUUGUAUAGGAAUUGUACUUAAUUUGAAAUACAUAUUGGGCACCUUGUAGUGGGUAGUGAUAAGUGCAUCAGAUUAUGAACAAAAUUAGAUGCUAUGUUGGCAUUUAAGAAAGCAUUGGAAAACAAGGAUGUAGAAAAAUUCUGAUGUUAUUCAUCUACGGAGAGGAAGAAUAGAAAUAAAAGCAAUACAGUUUAGGAAAGGUUAAGAACACGCUUUCUGGCAUAGUAUAGAUUCUUAAAAUUCAUCUUAAACUAUGAAGCAAAUAAUUUAAGUUUGAUCAAAUAAGCAGAAAGGUUCAUUACACAUCUAUAAAAAUUAUUCAGCACAUACUAUUCAUGCUUAUAGUCAUAUAUUGUUAAUUAAUGAUCAGCUAUACACCCUCAGAAAUGCACUUAUAUAUGUAUACAAGGGGGGAGGGGCUAAGAAUGGCAAAAGCAUUGAAUUUCAUACUGAAUUCUGAAUCACAGUAGAUAGUGUAGACUUGUUGAAGUAAGUUACAGUUGCAGCUGGUUGUAGUAGUAAAUCUGGCAUAACAUUUAUGCUCUCGGCUGAUCAGCUGUGUGGUACUGUGGGAAAGCGGGUAUUUGUCAGCACCAGGACUGAGGGUUCCCUUCUUGUGGCACGGCAGACAUUCCUUCCUGGAGGAGGUCGCCGCCCCGCCUCGGCCACCAGGCAACGGGGCGGGGCAGUGAAGGCUUCUUGUUUCUGUGUAUCCACCUCAGACUCAUCCCUAGGUAACAAUUGCAAUGGUUCAUUUCAAUUAUGGUGUUGUUCCUUUGAAGCGUUCAUGUUUGUAUUACUUACUCCAUUGGUGUUGUUCCUUUUUAGCAUACUUGUGUUACUCCUUGUUUGUGUGAGUGCAGUGUAGUGAUUAGUCCUGGAUGUGGAUGACUGUUGCAGGUGUGUGUGUGUGUGUGUGUGUGUGUGUGUGUGUGUGUGUGUGUGUGUGUGUGUGUGUGUGUGUGUGUGUGUGUGUGUGUGUAAA